AACUAGAUUAUGAAGAAAAAAAAAUUCAAUUAUUUUUGCUAUGAAAUCUAUUGUUUUUAGGAUAUAUUUGAUUUCAUUGAAAACUCGCCACAUGGAGUUAUUUUAUUUACAUUUGGUUCAACUAUUGCAAUGUCUUCAGUACCAAGCAAUAUUUUAAGCGCAUUUAAAGAAGCAUUUGCUGAACUUCCACAAAGAGUUUUAUUAAAAUACGAAGGCGAAAUGAAAGAUAAACCUAAAAAUGUCAUGACACGAAAAUGGUUUCCUCAACGAGAUGUUCUUUUACACAAAAAUGUUAAGCUCUUCGUCAGUCAUGGUGGAAUAUCUGGAUUAUAUGAAGCAGUAGACGCUGGAAUUCCAGUCUUAGGAUUUCCAUUAUUCGGUGAUCAGUAUAGAAACAUAGAUAAUUUAGUUGAGGCAGGUAUGGCUAUAUCUAUGGAAUUAUAUUCAAUAACUAAAGACAAUUUUUUAAAAAAUGUAUUAGAUCUUGUGGACAACAAAAAAUACAUUAACAAUGCCAAAAUUGCUUCAGAAAUAUUCAAAGACCGACCAAUGUCACCAGAAAAGUCUGUCGUUUACUGGACAGAAUAUAUUAUUCGUCACAAAGGAGCACCACACCUAAAAUCUCAAGCUCUUAAUUUAACGUGGUAUCAAUACUUUUUAUUAGAUAUAAUUACUGUACUUCUUAUGUUUAUUUUCAUUUCURUACUAAUUGUUCUAAAACUACUUAAAUGUAUUCGUACAAUUUUCACAAAUAUAUGUUCAUCAUUCUCUAAAAUAAAAUGUGAUUGAUGAAUUUUAUAGUUACCUAU